UUGGAGUUGGAGAUUGAUAAUGGGUGGUGGGAAAUUGUUUUUCUCAAAGUUUAUGGUGGAAAGAUGCGAUUACGGCAAACCUUGGGUUGGGAAAUUGUCAUUCACUCAACUUAAAAAGUGUAACCCUAAAAGCAGCUUUUCAGAAGCUGUUUUGCAAUUGUACGAGGGCAUUUGUAGAAAGAUUCGCUACCCAGUUCAAGCUGAAAAUUAGAAACAAUUCAAUACCUCACUUUUUUUUCUAAAUCUUUCUCAUCGGCUGAAGUUGUGGCACAUGAUAGAGAACAACAUUCAUUCACAGUGUCUUAUUUCACAAACUCAUGUGGGUUGUCCCUAGAAAUUGCUGCUUCUUUGUCAAAGAAAGUAACUUUUGAAACCCCAGAAAACCAGAUUCUGUACUUGGCCUUCUCAGAAAAAAAAUAAAAUGGUUUUGCCAAUGUCCACAUAUCUAAACUAGUUAAAAAUGACCGAAAGUGCUUGUAGGCAGUGUUGAGGAAACUCUUUUACCCAGCUUGAGUUCUUCCGUUCCGUGGGAUUUCUGGUACUGACCUUGGGAAUGUACUGUCCUCAAACCCUUUUGUACCGUAGUUUAGAGAAACAAAUUAUCCCUAACUAUAAUUUCCUCAAGAGUUUGGUUUCCAACAGUGAAAAAAAUUGUAAUGUUUGGAAGUGGGCAAUUCAUUUGCAUGAUGUGCAAAAGAAAGUUGUUCCCAAUAUGCCUGCCUUGAAAGGAAUUGGAGUGACACAAUCAGGUAUUUCAACUUUGGUCACCUCAAAUCCUGGUGUAUUGUGUGAAAGUUUUGAGAAGUUUGAUGAAUGUGUCAAGAUGGUUUUCGAGAUGGGAUUCAAUCCUUCAACCAGUGCAUUUAUCCACGCACUUGUAGCAGUAAUGGCCAUGACCGACAAUUCCUGGGAACAAACAGUCACACAACCCCAACUCCUAUAAACCUUCAGUUUUUGUUCCUGGAAACCAAACUCUUGAGGAAAUUAUAGUUAGGGAUAAUUUGUUUCUCUAAGCUACUGUGCAAAAUAGAAGUGUUUGAGGACAGUACAUUCGCAAGGUCAGUACCAGAAAUCCCCACAGAAUGGAAAAACUCAAGCUUGGGUGAAAGAGUUUCCUCAACACUGCCUACAAGCAAUUUUGGUAAAUUUUUAACUAGUUUGGAUAUGUGGGCAUUGGUAAACCCAUUUUUUCCUGUGAAGGCCAUGUCUAGAAUCUAGGAUUGUUUUCUUGGUGUAAUAGCACAAAUUGUCAUGUUGGUUUGCUCCUAACACCAGUUGGCGGAGGUGUCUUCUUUUUCUCCUCUACUCUUCAAUCUGGAAUAGGACUUGUUCGUUUGCUCCUGAUACCAGUUGGAGGAGGUGUCUUCUUCUUCUUCUUUACUCUUCAAGCUGGUGAGUGAAAUCUACAUACUGAGCAAAACCUUCAAUACAUUGUUAUUAAUCUUUUCAACGAUUACGAUGUGUGGUUUUGUGUAUAGAAGGCUAGCAUAUGCACAAGUUUUACCAAAUAUUUAUAGGUGUGUCGUCCAAAAUUUAGGCACUAAUCAUGUCGAUUUGUGUUUGGGUUUGUUACCCAGUAGCAUUAGAUCAUUCUCAACCAAUAUAGAACAAGUUAAAAAGGAACACUCAUUUACUGCGUCAUACCUCAUAAAUUCAUGUGGGUUGUCCCCAGAAAAGGCAAAAUCUGUCUCCAAAAGAAUCAAGCUUCAAUCUACUGAACAACCAGAUUCGGUCCUGAAAGUUCUAAGAAACCAUGGAUUUACAGCUGCCCAUAUAACCAAACUUGUUAGAAUGCGCCCUAGUUUGCUUUUAGCCAAUCCUGAGAGGUCAAUUUUGCCUAAAUUUGAGUUUUUCAAGUCUUUGGGGAUCACAGAUGCUGAGCUUGCGAGUGUUUGCUCUUCAACUCCAGCUAUUUUGGGUCACAGUUUGGAGAACCUACUCAUUCCUAACUAUAAAUUCCUCAAAAGUGUGCUUCUCUCUGAUGCUAAUGUUAUUAAAUCGUUUAGAAAAAAAUCAUGGCUCUUUCAGCAAGAUUUGGCAAAGAAUGUGUCUCCGAAACUCACAGUUCUGAGAGAACUUGGAAUGCCCGAGCCUUUUAUUGCACUGAUUUUAACAUGUUUUGCCAGUAUUGUCCUCCAAAAAUUUGAGAAGUUUGACCAAAAUGUCAAGAAGGUUAUUGAACUGGGUUUUGAUCCUCAGAAAUGUGGGUUCAUCCAUGCAAUGCAAGUGUUUGCAGCAAUGAGUCAAUCAACUUGGGAACAAAAAUUGAACGUUUUCAGGGGGUGGGGAUGGUCUGAUAAGGACAUUAUGUUGGUGUUCAGAAAAUGCCCCAAUUGUAUGAAUACCUCUGAAAGCAUAAUGAAUGCAAUGGAUUUUCUUGUGAACAAGAUGGGUUGGCAGUCCACAGAUAUUGCCUUGUAUCCAGACGUUUUCCUUUUGAGUUUGGAAAAGAGAGUAAUCCCAAGGUGUUUGGUUAUUAAAGUUCUGCAAUCGAAGGGGUUGCUGAAGAAAAAUUUGAGCCCAAGUACAUGUGUAAAACCUGUUGAGAAGCUAUUCUUGGAUAGGUUUGUGACAAAAUACUUGGACCAGGUUCCUGAACUAAUGAAUAUCUAUCAAAGGAAGGAAGGCUUUCAGGAUCUGGAGAUGAAUAUCUAUGUUUCUUCCAGCAAACUAUAGCAUGUCAACUUUCCAAACCUAAAAUGAUUGUAUAAUCUCUAAUUGGUGAUUAUUACGUUUCAGCUUUGUAGUUUAUUGAACAAUGUUGAAUUACUUCAGUUAGUUCUGCAGAGCAACAUUGUUUUCAUCACUUUCCAAUUUGUAUUUGAUUGUAUACUUUAGUUCAUAUUUAGAAUGUGGUAAACUUUUAAGCUAAUUUGUUACAUGAGUAGUAGAUGCAGAUCUGAAUCUCAAUUAUGUGGUUUUGAUUUACUCCAGUCCCUGGAGUUUCUAACAAGCUUUUCCUUGCUAGCAACUUACAGUGAAGCUUGGAGGUCAGAGAGAGAGAUGAAUCAGUGAUAUUGAUUGACUUGAACAAUAUUAUAGAUGUGAUGCUGUGAUAUUUUUGGUUGCGCAACUUCUUUGUGUGGUUGAUGCGUGCUCCUGUAUAAUUGUAAUUGCAAUAUUCUAUCAAUCUCCAUUGCACUGGAGGCGGAUUUCAGGUAUACAGUGGUGAAGUUAAAUUCCUUGUUGGAAAGAGGAUAUGUUUAUUGAGACUCUGACAUCAGUGAAGGGGAUUGAUAGGUAGUCUUGCUUAACUAGAACCAUAUUUUGGAGUGAAUUUUAGUAUGUCUUUUGUGCUGAUGUUUUCUGAAAAGUACUUGAUGGACACAUUUUUGUCCAAGGUAUCAGGAACAGGUUCCGCAACUAUUUGAUAUAUUUCAGGGGAAAAUUGAUCUUUUGGAACUGGGCAUCAUCAGAUAUGAGCAAGAGCCUGAGGCAAAUCAACUGUAGCUUCGCAUUUGUUAAUUCUUUAUACACAUGGUUUUCUUAUUGUUGUUUGUUAUUUUGGGUGUCUUUGGCCCUGAACUUAUUCAGCUCUGGAUACAGCUGGCAGCUUCUUUUAUCAGCUCUCAUUGCUUAAUACACAGGAGUAAUAUACUGACUAAUUCAUGUUAUAAAAAUCUCUAUUUUGGUUCUGUUGUUUGCCCCA